AUGUCAAAGUGGGCUAUUAAUGCCACCAAUAGAAUCCAGAGCGAGACAGUACCGGGAUCAUCCAAGUUUAUCAUUGGCGAGCUUAAUGAGCUGUUUUCUAUAGCUUCAACCGCUAUUGAAAACCGCUACUUGCAUGUCAGAGACGAUAAAAAUCGACUAGAAUCAUGGAUGAAGAGGGUGUUACAAGGAUCAGAAAAGAUUGAUGACUUGCUUGGAAAUGCUCUGCCAGAGGACGUCCCACCUCAACUGACAUUGCUGAAAACAAGUGUGCAAAAUUUCCUACCAUCACCAAAGUCGAGAGAGGUCACCAUUAAGAUACCGGUGGAAGCAGAGGACAAAAUUCAGAACUCGACAAUUGUGGUCGAACGGAAAAAUGGAGGUGAUAUGAGAGAUGUGCUAGGUGAAGCUCCAAAUACAAACAAAAAAGUAUCAACAACUCAAUUUAAUGCACCUCGACCAGCUCAGCUGACACUGAAUGUACGCUCAUCGGAUGCCAUCUCCAAAACAGAUCCUUUUCAAAAGAAUAAACGUGCCACUUUAGCUGGAAAUUUUGGUGAAGUCGGGCACAGAGAGGUGCAGCCUACUUCAAAGACAUCUCCUUACACGGCUUCCUCUGACGCUGAAGACUCAUUUGAAGCAAUUAGUGCAGCCAUAAAACGAAGCGUUUUGGUAAAGAAACUGGAGCUUGAGAGCAAAAAGGAGGUAAGUAUAGUAUAUCAAACACCAAACAGGAAGAGCUCAAAGUUUGUGUCUUUGCCCACUAGAACACCACUACCUUUUAGUAAAUCUGCAAACAGUGUCAGACGUGAAGACUCUACUGAUAUUCUUCCAACCGUUUCAAUCAAGAAUAAAUUGUCACCUCGCCGACUGCCGGUAAAGAAAAAUUCUCCGCUACCAAAGCUUGUCAAGGUCCCCUUACGGCUGGAGGCUGUCGUUAUCCCAGCAACUAAUACGGAUACCUUUCAAUCAAGUCCUGCGCAGGUAUCAAACUCAGAAGUGAAAGAGGAGCAUGACAGAUCAAGUGCCAGCUUGUGGGGAAAAAUCAGCGAAUAUAGGCAAUUGUCUCCAAAGAAACCACCACAAUCUACCCCUAAACACUCACCAGCGUCAAAGGUCAUUAGAAGUCCGAAAAUUCACUCACCUGUUCGCAACUCAAGCCCACUACGGCAAAGAAGAUCGCAAUACACCUCGCCUUUACGAGUUGAGAUACCACCACUUAAAAGCCCCAACUUGGAUCGUCUUGCUGCCCCCACUGCUUCUAGUGCAGCAAAGAAAAAGAAGCCCGAUUCGCGGAAACUUGAAAAUAGAUUUCUCACCACAACCUUGCAACGAACACCGAGGACUUUUGAAAGAAGCAAGAAUACAAAGGUGGUAGUGGAGAAAGCACCAAAACCACAACCCAAGGUUGAUGUUCAACGGCUGACAAAGAAAUCAAUGAUGGAGCGACGCAGCGAAGCAGCAGCAUUAAAAUCGAGACAAAAAAUAGUCCUUAACCUUAGGAAGUCGGAAUCAAAAGCUUUGCGUGAAACUGCUCUGGUUGUUGACGAUGGAGAGCAAGCGCCUACCAAAAGUGCACCACAAACUCCCGUUAAAUUCGCACCCGACAAUUUGCCAGAGGUCCUAUCCGACGAUAGCCAUUCACCCAGCUCCAAAGUGCUUCAACCCUGGGGCCGCACACCAGAGCUAUACAAGAUUGCCAAAAGCAAGAAAAAGGUUGACCCUUCUAGGAUAUUUCACAAAAGCAGUAGAGUUAACCUCCUGGAAGUGUUCAAUAGGAAUGUACAUGCCCUGCAGUCGCCUGCACCUACACCUGAUAUAGACAAGAAAUCUUAUUUAAAAUCUAUGGGAUUUAGUUAA